AUGGAGACACUCGAAAUCCUGGCAUCCAUUACUAGGCUCAGUGAUCGCGUAGUGAGAGUGUUGGGCCAGAACCCAGGAAAAUUCACGCUUCAAGGGACAAAUACUUAUCUUAUCGGCGAGCGCAACCCCUACACGCUCAUCGACACUGGUGAAGGCAAUGACGCAUACAUCCCUCAGCUCGAGUCCGCCCUCUCCAACACUUGCAAGCUCACGAACCCAAACGAACCCCACAUAUCCGACAUCGUCAUCUCUCACUGGCACCAUGACCACACACGCGGGAUCAACUCCGUCCUUUCGCUCUUACGGAGAAUGUGGGAUGGGCGGAACAAACCGGCUCAGUUCAAGCCUCCCCGUAUCCAUAAAUUCCCCCUUCUGAAUAUGCCGUCCGACUCUAACACAACUAUCCCGCUACCACCCCCGGGUACAUACGCCCCCACCGUCAACGGUGCCUUCCUCCACGACCUCGUGGACGGCCAACUUUUCCCCAUAACCGGUUCACCCUCACCCAUGCGAGUCAUACACACCCCAGGACACACCCCAGAUUCCAUCUGCCUCCAUGUCCCCGACGACCGUGCCCUCUAUACAGCUGACACCGUCCUAGGCCAGGGAACAGCGGUGUUUGCGGACCUAGGCACAUAUAUUUCCUCCCUGCACAGGCUCCUCGCAUUUCAAUCUGAUUAUACUGUGUUGUACCCUGGGCAUGGCCCUAUCGUCGCUGAGGGCCCUAAGCUUAUCGGUACAUACGUCGCACAUCGUAUGGAGAGAGAGGCGCAGAUUGUUAGCGUCAUUGAGAAACCUAGAUCUGACGGGCAGCCUUGGUCUACGUGGGGAAUUGUAUCCACGAUAUAUUCUGCGUACCCGCAGGAUCUAUGGGAGGGCGCGGCACAAAGCGUGAAUCAGCAUCUUGCGAAGCUUCAAGCCGAGGGCAAGGCGAAGAAGGUUGGGGGCGAAGGCAAGGACGUCAAGUGGGAGCUGCUAGCGAAGCUAUGA